AUGUAUUCGCCUGCUGCUGCCGUCGUCGCGGUGCUUGGCGCCUGCCUUUACGGCGCGCCUGUCGUGGUGAAGGCGCGGAACCCCGAGCCGUUGAAUUACCGGCCUAUUAUCGGUGUGCUGGCCCAGGAGAACCUACCUGAUGACCUGUCUGCCAGGGGCAACUCCUACAUCGCCGCCUGCUACGUUAAAUACGUGGAGAGUGCCGGGGCCAGGGUGGUCCCCAUCAGAAUAAACCUACCAGAAGAAGAGUAUGUGAGGAUCUUCAACUCCAUCAACGGGUUGCUGCUGCCGGGCGGAGACGUGGACAUCGAGACCUCUCAGUUCAGUCGGGUCUCCAAGAUCUUCUACAGCCUGGCUCUCAAGGCAAACGAUGAUGGGGACCACUUCCCCAUCUGGGGCACCUGCCAGGGCUUCCAGCAGAUGUCGGUGCUCACGGCCAACAAGAACCUUCUGACCCUCACCAACACCAAGGCUGUAGCUCUACCGCUGACCUUGAGCAAAGGGGCCAAGUCUAGUCGUCUGUUCCAGUCUUUCCCAGAAGAUGUCAUGCAGUCGCUGUCUGAACAAAACAUCACGUCCAACUUCCAUAGCUGGAGCCUGUCUCUGCAGAACUUCAGCCGAAACGCCAAGCUAAAGAGAUUCUAUAAGAUUCUAUCCAUCAACACGGACGGCAAAGUUGACUUCAUCUCCACCAUGGAAGCCUAUCGGUACCCGUUCUACGCGGUGCAGUGGCACCCAGAGAAGAGCCCCUUCGAGUGGGUGGACAAGCCGGGCAUGGUCCACCUGGGGUCCGCCGUCAGAGCCUCCUUCUACACCGCCUCCUUCUUCAUCUCAGAGGCGAUGAAGAAUUUCCACAACUUCUCCAGCGCAGCAGAGGAAGACAAAGCUCUCAUCUACAACUUCUCCCCAGACUACAAAGGACAGGGUGCUAUCUUCAUCCAGAACUACUACUUUGACUAGGGAUCUUCAUUGAGACCCAAGACCCAGCAAGACUCCCCUAGCACCCUAACUACCCUCUCCUCCUCUGGGCUGGGUGUGCCUCUGACCCCCUUGGUUCCUCCUGGUUCCUGCUGAUCUUCACGGUGUCUGUAACUAAUCUUUUCUCCUAUUCUCUUUCCUCCUCCUCUGUUUCUCCCCAUCUCUCCUUCUCUUAUCAGAGUGGCUUAUUCCGUUUCUUAGUCAUCGGGUUUAGUCAGGCUUAACUAGAUCGAGGUCAUUCCAAACCGAGAGACUCUGUGUCACCAAAACAUGUGUUGUGUGGUUUAUGUCAUCUUAUUAUUCCUGAGUGGGACCCAGUAUUGGGUGUUUGAAGAGCUAAAAGAGAAAUAUCUUCCUUAAAAGAGAGAUAAAUCGCUGCAGAGAUAAUGUUCAUUUUAAGAGAUAUCUUUGUCUGAAGAGAAAUAUCGUCAGCCAAAGAGGUGUAUGUUAAUCGAAAGAUAUUGCUUCAACUAAAGAGAGAUCCUGACCAUGAUAAUAAUUUUAUUUAUUGGUUUUUAAUAAAAAAAACAAUUGUUUCUCUCUGACACGAGCUGUCUCUCAAAGAAAGGCACAUCUACAUUUGUUAAUUCAUGGGUAAAAAUGAGAUUGGGAAAGUUAUUUUUCUCUUUACAUUUAUUUUUUGAUAUAAUGAGUGAUGAUGAGUUUUAAAACGCUAAUAUCAUGUUCUCUCUCUGUGAAGAUCUUAAUCUAGUUUCAGAAUGUACAAGAUGUUGUGCUGUGUCACCCUGUGUGUAGCUUACUGUGGUAGACUGACUUCUGCAUUUUGUAGAAAGGGCAACGGUCAUAUUUGUUACAGUAAUCUUAUCACAUGUUGCGUUAUCUCGCUCUGUGGCUUUAAAUCGAUGCAUUGAUUGUAUGAGUGGAGCUUGUUUGCUUGCAAAUAAAGUAGUAUAACCUAA